AUGCCACCUACUAGAAAAUAUGUUUCUGGAUAUACAAAACGGCUUAGAAAAAGAAAAAUCAAGGAAUUGACUCAAUCUCAAAGAGGAGCUCUUGAUAGAUUCAUUGUUAGAGAAUCACAUGCUACAAUUGAUGAAAAUAUUUUCAAUGAACAAGAACAAGAUGAUGUUGAAUUGCAAGAUAUUGAAAAAAAUAUGGAUGAAUGUGUGGGUAAUGCUGAGCAGAAUGAGAAUGAUGACAAUGAAAAUGCUGAUAUUGAUGAUCAUAAUGAAGAUGUUGAAGAUGUAGACAUAGAAAAUCAUAACAAUGAGAACAUCACUGAUUUAUUCAAUGAAGAACCAAGCCAGUCCAUUCCAUUGGAUAUUUAUGAUCCAAGAAAUUGGGAUAAUAUUGAUCCCAAAUUCCGUGACCUAUUAGUGGAAAAAGGUCCUAUAAGAGAUCUAUUAAUAGGAAAAGGUCCUAAAGAUCAUUUACAUAGGCGUUUCUCUUCAACAUUUUACACUCGUUAUUUGCCAAAUGGAGAGCAACAUGAUAGAGAUUGGCUAAUUUUGGCUUUUCGUGGAAGUAAUGAGAAGAUCCAUGAUAUAAACAAUGGAAAUUUUAUGGGCCAAGUGGAAAUGAUUGCAGAGUGGGAUCCAGUUAUGAAGGAGCAUGUUCGACGUAUGGAUGAUAAAGAGACUCAUUAUCAUUAUCUUAGUCAUAAGAUUCAAAAUGAAUUGAUACUUUUGUUAGCUUCUGAGCUCAAAAGUGCAAUCAUUAAAAAGAUUGAAGAAGCUAAAUAUUUUUCUGUGAUUCUUGAUUGUACUCCAGAUGCUAGCAACCAAGAACAAAUGAGUUUGAUAGUAAGAUGUGUGGAUGUCUCUACUAAUCCAAUAAAGGUUGAAGAAUUCUUUUUGGAAUUUUUGGUUAUGAAUGAUACAACAGGACAAGGACUUUUUGAAGAGUUGCAAACGGUGUUGCAAAAACUUAAGCUUGAUAUUGAUAAUGUGAGAGGACAAGGCUAUGACAAUGGAUCAAAUAUGAGUGGGAAAUACCAAGUUACAUGUUGGGAAAGUCGUAUUGAAAGUGUAAGAGCAAUAAGAUUCCAAGCUGCAGAUUUAAGAGAAGCUUUACUUCAGUUAGCAGAAAGUGACGGUGACUCCAAAAUAACAAGUGAAGCUAAUUCUUUGGCAACAUAUGAACUUGGAAAUUUUGAGUUCUUAUUGGGCAUGGUUAUUUGGUAUGAUAUAUUAGGUGCUGUCAAUGUAGUUAGCAAAAACUUACAAUCUGAAGACAUGCUUAUUGAUGUUGCUAUUGAUAAAGUGAAAGGGUUGAUUACAUUUUUUGAAAAGUAUAGAGAAAAUGGGUUUACAGAAGCUAUGUAUACUGCUAAAGAAAUUGCUACUGACAUGGGAAUUGACCCGGUGUUUCUUGAGAAGCGAAAAAUUCGUAGAAAAAAACAUUUUGAUGAGAAUACUUGUGAGCCAUCCCAAUCAGUUCCUAAAUCAGCUGAAGAAAAGUUUAGAAUUGAUUAUUUCUUGUAUUUAGUGGAUCAAGCUAUUGGUUCUUUACGAAGAAGGUUUCAACAAUAUCAAGAGUAUGAGAAUAUUUUUGGGUUUUUGUUUACUUCAAAGAAGUUAAAUUCAUUGGAUGAUUGCGAUUUGAAGAAUAGUUGUAGUCAUCUGGAAAGCAUUUUGAAAAAUGACAAGUUUUUUGACGUCGAUGGGGAGGAUUUAUUUGUUGAGUUGAAAAUGGAAGGUGCUAGAGUGAUAGUUUGGUCCCACAAGAUCCUACUAGAAUCUUAUGAAUUGGAUAAGAAAUAA